ACAUAAUACUAUGCAAAGCAUGAAUGUGCUACGAUGGAAACGCGGAAUGGCGAUUGUGAGUGCAAUAUCAGUAUGUAUCUUGCUGGUAAUUUUGUACAGGACUGUCACUGCUGGUGAAGGUAACAUCUUUGAUCAGAGAUCAGAGAAUCCCUUCGCCGCCAUUGGCUCCCAAGACGCAGUACAUAUAUCUGGCAACAUCGGCAUAAAACCUGUCAAAGGAUCUGUCAUAAAUGUCGAAUGUGAUGCUCAGUUUGUGACCACAGACGGCAGCCUGUACAUUCCUCCAACAACAACGCUUGAUGCCAUGAGCUAUGAACAACUGAAGUGUCUGUACCACAGUUUUGUGUCGAAUAUAGGUUUUCACUGUAAACGUGUUGUACGUUUGGGAAAUUUAAAAGAUGGCGGCUGGGAAGUUUGUCACGACUUGAAAUAUCGACCAAAGAAAAACUGUCUUGUAUACUCAGCAGGCAUCGCUUUUGAUUUUUCAUUCGAUGACCAAAUAGCUGCCAAAUAUGGAUGUGAAGUUCAUUCGUUUGAUCCAAGUAUGAAUAAACCGGAUUUUCAGCGAAGCAAACUUGUUUUCUUCCACAAUAUUGGUCUGGCAAACUUCAACACUGGUCCAAAAAAUGAACUAAAGAAUAAAUGGAAUAUGCGAACAGCCUGGACGAUAAAAAAUUUACUUGGACACACAAAGCGUCACAUUGAUGUACUAAAACUGGACAUUGAGACCUGGGAAUGGAAAGUUCUGCCAGAAUUAAUUAAAAGUCAGUUCUUGGAUGAUGUUACCACACUUGAUCUUGAACUGCACAUGACCUCGAAUCCAUCACCCAAAGUGUGGAUCUAUGAAUUGGGUCGAGAUGCAUAUUUACAUGCGCUGAAGACAUUGUUCGACCUCCAAGAGCUUGGCUUUAGAAUAUUCUGGACUCAUAGGAACUUGGCUUGUUACUUCAAAUCAAAGGAGGGAAUAGAAAGAACCAGUUGUCAAGAGAUUUCUAUGGUCAAAGUUAAACAAUAAUACUUUCUCUUUUUUUUAAACUUGAUAUGGCUUAAAAUAAAUCUUACUGUGUAACAUCAGCUGUAAAAUUAUGCUGGGGCCCAAGUGGUUAUGUCCCCCUAUUUUUGGACAACUGAUAAAUUUACAUUUGGAAAAGGUGACGAGUCUUAUUUAUUGACGCCACCGAACCUUUUAUUUUGGGGGGUUGGGGGAAGGGGAGACUCAUUUUACCCCGAAUGAAACGAAAAUGUCACAAUUUGGAAAAACCACGUUUAUUCACAUGUGCAUUACAAUCAAACAGCUAUAUAGGGUUCCAGCUGUGAAUUUGUACAUGAAUUACCACUGAUAUUGUGUGUAGAAUGACAGUGAUGGAAAUACACGGUCAGACAUUUUCAAGCCGGCUCAUUUUGCUCUGAAUGCGAAGUUUUGCUCACACUUCCCUCCUCUCGUACGCUCAUGCACAGACUCGCGCAUUAUCCUGAUGUUACCCUCACCACCACCCGGUUAAAAAUUCGCGCCAGAUCAUAAUAUUAUAGCUUGGUGAAAUUUAAAAUUGAUUCUAUUAAAAAUUAAUUCAGUU